AUGAUCGUUCGUUCAAGCCUGCUGUUGGCAGCGACGAUCGUGUUCACGUUCGCCGACGAUUCCUCGUCGAACAGCCUUCUGUCCGAGAAACGCGGCCCGAUGGGCUUUCAAGGAAUGCGCGGUAAGAAGGAUUUUGCAUCGUUGGAACACGACCAAUUGUCGAAACGGACACCUAUGGGCUUUCAGGGGAUGCGAGGAAAGAAGGAUUCGAUAACGGGUGAAAUUCAACACGAACUUCUCUCGGAAGACGCUAAUAAACGGGCACCAAUGGGUUUUCACGGUUUGAGGGGUAAAAAGGAUAGUACCAGUCCUUACUUCGAUGAUUCGUACGUUCCGGUUCCGGGCAACAUGUACGAGAAGAGAUCGCGCUACAAACAGGAUGAACAUUAUAAACGCGCUCCGAUGGGAUUUCAAGGGAUGAGGGGCAAGAAAUCUCUCCAAGAGAUCUCGAAUGAAAUUGAGAAGCAGACUGGGACAGAGUUGGAAGAUUCGAAAGGUGCGGAAACGUACUCGUUCGAUUAUUCGGAAGACUACGAGACGAGAGUGCCAGCGACGGGAUAUCAGCAAGGUGUGCUGCGCGACAAGAAAAACAACGAAAUCGUCGUCGGGGAAUGGGAGAAAAGGGCUCCCAUGGGAUUCCAAGGAAUGCGUGGCAAAAAAAUCAUUCUCGACGCGAUACAAGAACUAGAGAAACGAGCAGCGAUGGGUUUUCACGGAAUGCGUGGUAAAAAGGAUACAUUUGUUAAUUACGCCGACUACCCGAUCGGUCCGUUCGGUUACGCGAAGAGGAGUGCGGAGGACUUUGACGAGGGAGAAGUUAGCGAAUCGUUCAAGAGGGCUCGGAUGGGUUUUCACGGAAUGAGAGGUAAAAGAGACGCAACGCGGAUUUACGGGAGCAACGCGGGCAUCGGAAGAACAACGAUAGGCCAUCAAGGAACCAACGACCGAGGAAACCAAGUAGUCGCGUAUGAGAUUGAAAAACGAUCGCCCCUCAGGUAUCUUGGAGUUCGGGGUAAAAAGAAUCCACGAUGGGAGCUUCGGGGAAAGUUCGUCGGAGUGAGAGGGAAGAAAUCAUCGUCGGUACAAGACCGGCUUGUCUUCUAACGCGUUCUUCUAUAUUCUAUAUUCGAUGUUCUAUGUCGUCGAAACGAAUAAAUUGCGAUUAAAAAAUCCUCAAGGUCAAUAGGUAAAAUCCAACGAUGCGCGCAUUCGCAUACCGCUCCGUAUCCGUACCUACACAUUGUCCAUGUGUCUAUGUAGUCGGGCCAACUUGAAACAAAACUGU